AAUUUGUGUUGUCAAAUCCAUAAGUCAAAACAACAUCAAAAUUUUAACGUGCUUCGUUCACAGAUUUCUUUAUUUAAUUAUUUAAAACCAAAAACAACAUAAUAAUAAUUAAAAUAUGGCUCAGGGCAAAUUUAAAAAAGCAAAAUUGCCAGCAGCUAUCCAAAAGAAACAAAAUAAAAAGAAUUCUCCAGCAUUUACAAGACGAUCAAAUGCUCCAAUUCAACCAAAGAAGAACAAAUUCAAUGAAAAUCAAAAAAUUAAACAUGUCAUCACAAAGAAUGUAAAUAAAUCUGUUGAACAUGAACUAAGAGGACGAGCCACCGAGGGAAAUAUCAAUUUAAGUAAAGCCCAAGAAGCAGUAGCCAAGCAUCAUCAAUCUCUUCCCAGCACCAGCACAGUUAGUAGUAGCGCUGCUCCAAGUGAAGCGUAGUAUGUUGAUAAAUAAUUACUUAAGCAGACAACCUUUAAAUUGAUUUAAACAAUUAUGUACCUUCCUAUGUAUAUUUUAUAGGAAAAUAUGAAAUAAAAUGUUUUAAAAUUGAGUAUAUCUA